AUGACCGGCCUAUCGGUGGUAAACAGUAAGCAAAUUAAAGUCAUAUUCAGCAGAGGUUACGGCGGUUACGGCGGAGCUGAUAAUGCCUAUAAAAAUCAUAAAAAUCUAUACAAUCAUCGGAAACCAUACGACCCGUUGAAUCCUAACCAGUGGACGACAACAACCACUACCAGUGCCUCCACAACCCAUAAUGUCAAGGCUAUCCGUAAGUUGCCAGUGGCCAGUAGUAGUAGUAGUAGUAGUAAUGGUGGCCAGAAACCGAUGACGAGGACGAGGACACCGAUGACGAGGAAACCGAUGACGAGGACACCGAUGACGUGGACACCGAUGACGAGGACACCGAUGACGAGGACACCGAUGACGAGGACACCGAUGACGAGGAAACCGAUGACGAGGGCGAAGACACCGAUGACGAGGGCGAAGACACUGAUGACGAAGACACCGAUGACGAGGACACCGAUGACGAGGACACCGAUGAUGACGAUGACCACCAAAACAGCCGCCAGAAAUCACUACAACAACAACAACAACAAAAAAGUUGUUACCAAUUAUUAUGGAUUAUUAUCAUCGAUGAAGACCACGAAGAAGUCGACGACGAAAACCACGAAGAAGUCGACGACGAAGACUGCGAUGAAGACCACGCAGACGACGACGAAGACAACGAAGAAGACUGCGAUGAAGACAACGACGAAGACAACGAAGAAGACUGCGAUGAAGACCACGACUACAACGACAAAAAUCAGGACAAAGACCAAGAAGUUGACUACAAUUUCGACUAAGACUAAGACAAAGACAAUAACAACAACACUGUCGACAACACUGUCGACAACACUGUCGACAACAACAACAACGACAACACCGCCGCCGAUACCCGAAGCGUGGUAUCAAAGACUGUUGAAACGUUUUGAUUUGUAUUACGGACAAAAUGAUAAACCCGUUUCCAUAUCAGAAGUUACGGAUUAUCUCAAACGGUUCGGCUAUAUAGCAGCCGUCAAACGACUAAUACGACAGGCGGCCAGCGAUCGCUGGUCAGCCCACCAGAACCGAUACAAACUCGGUUGGCGACAGCGGCCAAGUUUUGGCCAAUUGUUGCGCGAAGAUAUCGAAACCAUGGCCGACAUUAUAAAGACGGCAUUGAAAAUGUUUCAACGAUUUAUGCGUCUCAGAGUUACCGGUGUUACCGAUAAGUCGACGCUGAUCGCUAUGAACAAACCCCGGUGCGGGGGUAAAGAUAUGGGCGAACAGCGGGUGGCGCCCAACUAUAUGACACUCAAUCAGCAGAUCCGUAAUUUUAUCGAUCUUAAGAUGAAUGAAACCGGUGUAUGGAUUGGCAAAACAAUGCGAAAAUUGCAGAGAAAAUUGAAAAACACAAAAAGUCGACCCAAACGACAUACAUUGGCCGGUAGCCGUUGGAAAAUCAAAAACAUUACGUAUAAGAUAACCAAAUAUCCGUCGAAAUUCCGUAAGAAAGCACAGAAAAAAUUAAUCGACGAACAGAUUGCCCGGGCAUUCAAAUACUGGUCGGAUGUAUCCGCACUGAACUUUACCCGUAUGCCGGCAUCGACACCGGCCAGGGAUGUCAUUAUUGAUAUACGCUGGGAAAAUGGCGAACACGGAGACGGCGAUCCGUUGGACGGUGUCGGCAAAGUACUGGCCCACUCGUACUUUCCGCAGUACGGCGGCGACGCACACUUCGAUGACGACGAAGAAUGGACAAUCGGUGUACCCAAAGGAUCCAAUGUAUUGGUGAUAGCCAUCCACGAGUUAGGCCAUUCACUGGGUUUGGACCAUUCGGAUGUAUCCGAUUCACUCAUGAACCCGGUCUAUCCGCCCUACCGGCCCGAUUGGAAACUAUCGCAGGACGAUAUCCGAGCCAUACAUAUCCUAUACGGUCCGCGUCAGGGUAUGGCCGAAAUACCCAGUCUGUGCAACAAAAACACUACCACUGCCGCCGCCAACAACAACACUACCGCCAAUAGCCAGACAGUGGACGCAAUGUACAAACCGACCAAUUCGUCGUCGAUAUUCAUAUUCCGGGGUAAAUACUAUUGGCGUAUCAAAAGCGACGAAAUGUCUGUCGAUCCCGAAUAUCCGAAACUGAUUGACCAUAAGUUUCCCGGUGUUUACGCGGAUGGCGGCGGCGGCAAUGUUAAUGCGGUUAUCGAGUUGCCCGACAGUAGGAUUAUGGUGUUUAAGGAUGCCGAUUGCUAUAAAUAUACUGAUGAUCAACUGGCGCCCGGCUUUCCCAUAAAAUGCAAACAACUGUAUCCAUCAUUACCGCCGGUGUCCAAAGCGGUAUUCAUAUUGGACGGCUAUAUCUAUGCAUUUAAUGGUGCUAAAUACUGGACGUAUAUCUUAGAGGAUAGUAGUAAAAAUCAGACAGAUAUAGAUUCUAGAAAUAAAAAGGAGGCGCCCAAACCCAUUGCCAGCAAAUGGCCACAAGUGCCCUAUAAUGUCGAUGCCGUAUUCACUAUGAAACAGUCGAUAUAUUUUUUCAAAGGCGACCUAUUUUAUCGACUGUCCCGAAUCGAUAAUCAUUUUAAGCCAACAGAGAGUACGCCUCCCUAUCCCCGUAAGACAUCUAUGUAUUGGUUUGGAUGCGUUUGAAAAGCGUGUGUAAAAUGUGUGGUGUCGGGGGUGAUAAUGACCGGCCGUUUUAUUAUUAUUAUUAUUAUUAAUUAAUUAAUUAAUACAACAACAA